AAACAAAUGAGCUGCGUGUGCGCGUGAGUUCAGGCGCGCGCUUCUCCAGUCAGUCAGCGGCGCGCAGAGCAGAGCUGCUAGGGCGUUAAUGAAUGACGCUUUCUAGCGAAGUGCGAAGUCUGAACGGCACGCAUUGGAUGUGCAACUGGGGUUUUGGACCUAUGGAACAUCAUCCUAAACUUGUGUUGUUCUCACACUCCUGAGGGAAAUGGGGAACGGAAUAUCGGAGCAACCCAACUUUCUUUCCAGUCUUCCAUUCUUUAAUUCUCUUCACAUCUCUAUCCUGGGUCUGGACUCUGCAGGCAAAACAACGGUGCUGUACCGUCUGCAGUUCAAUGAGUUUGUCAACACUGUCCCCACCAAAGGUUUCAAUGCGGAGAAAGUCAGAGUAGCUGUCGGAGACUCACAGACAGUGACGUUUCACUUUUGGGACGUUGGCGGCCAUGAGAAACUGCGCCCUCUCUGGAAGUCCUAUACACGAUGUGCGGAUGGCAUCAUGUUUGUUGUGGACUCUCUAGACGCAGAAAGGAUGGAAGAGGCUAAGACUGAGCUUUACAAAAUCGCCCGCUCCACUGAAAAUCAAGGAGUGCCUGUGCUGAUUAUUGCUAACAAGCAGGACUUGAGACAGGCUCUGUCACUGUCACAGAUAGAGACCAUGCUGGCGCUCAAUGAACUGGGACCCUCUACGCCGUGGCACCUGCAGCCCACCUGCGCCAUCAUUGGUGAUGGCCUCAAAGAGGGACUCGAAAGACUUCAUGACAUGAUCCUAAAACGAAGAAAGAUGCUCAAACAGCAAAAACAGAAAAAUAGACCGUAAAUGUAUUAUAUAAACGGAGGAGAAAAGAACAAUUACAGUUUAAUGGUUGUGAACUGUCAUUUUAAUGUGCCCAGAUUUGGUUAGAACCAACACGCACUUUAGUUGUUUACUUUCUUGUUUACUUCUCUGGUUGUUUACUAUCACUUAGAAAUAUAAUCUUAAUAUAAAGUUUUUUUUGAAUUAUUACACUGAAGGAUGAUUGGUGUUGUAGGUUUUAUUUAGAAUGUUUAUUUGCAAUAAAGGGGCUUUCUUUGUUUAUUCUAAA